UCCCAAAAUAUUUUAAUAAUGUUUUGUCCACUAGAACAAUAAUCCAAACGACAUCGUUGGCUUUCCCUAAGAUUUCCGCAUAGAAACGGCGUCGUUCCUUUACAUAUAGAAUGACAGAUCUUUCUUCGAUCUGGGAGAUGAGAAGAACAGUAAAAUGGAUAGGCAUAUCCAGAUCUUCCUGAACAAGAUCUCUUUCGUUUGCGCCACCAUUGCUACGCUGAUCCUCCUCUUCCUCUACCUCCGUGUCCCCGACACCUGCGUAUACAUCACCGGCGGCGACCUCAAGGCCGACCAACGCUUCCCCAGAUCCACCUGCGACUUCCAGCCGCGGGCAUACACCUCCGUCGAUAAACGCAACCGACGCAUAUGGUCCACCAAGGCCUGGAUCCAAACCGUGCGCUCCUACACAGAUCUCUUCCAGCUCCUCCGGGACAAGCAUCUGUUCUCCGUCCAUUCCCGUGCCCUGGUCGUUUCCGCCGGCGGGGGCCACGCCGUCAUGGCGUUGAAGGAUCUCGGGUUGAGCGAUGUCACCGGAAUCGAGCUUGUUGACUCGCCGCCCCUGGUGAGCAAGGCGGAUCCUCACAAUCUGCCCUUUUUCGACAAUGCGUUUGAUUUCGGGUUCAGCCCGUAUUUGGACCGGGCCCUGUUCCCGGCCCGAUACGUGAAGGAGAUGGAGAGGGUAGUCCGGGGUGGGGGUGCGUGUGUGGUGGCCGUGGAGGAGUGCGGGCUUGCGGAAAUGGAAGCGGUGGUGAAGUUGUUCCGCAAAUCGAAGUUCUUGGGCGCCAUGAAUGUGAGCUUGGGUGAGGAAAGGAAGACCAGGAUAGUGGUGAGAGUUAAAAAUGGAUAAAUUUUGGAUUUUGUAUAUGGUUGUUCCAUUGAAUUUGAGCAUUUCGUUUUGCAUCAAUCUUGUUCUUUUUAAGUGUGAAUUUACACAUUUUUACUGCAAUUAUUCAAAUCCUUGUACUGUUUUUGAAUACCAUUAUGAUUGAUUGAUAUCUGCAUUCAAGAA